UUUGGUUUGUCCCUUGGGGUUUUGUGAGUGGUUCUCCCGGACAAAAAGUGCAAUGUAUCAGUUUCCUGAGAAUGACUUCGCCGACGCCCAAUCCAACUUCGAUCCCUUUCCUGAUCUGUCCGUGUUCGAUGAGUGGCAGCUCGAUGAAGAUAGCGAACAUCCGGUGUUGAUGCCGCAUGAUUCGGGUCCUAUGCCGCACCCCAUUUAUCAUGCUAGUGAAGUUCAUGAUGAGUCCGGUGGGAGUAGCAGCCAAUUUGGAGGACAUGCUGGCAGGAGAAUGAAGCAAAGUCGUGAAAGAAAAAAAACCCACAAUGAAAGGAAAAAGCAACGACGGGGAGGGGGCUCACGAACGAAUAAAAUGACAUCGCAUGGUAACUUGCAGAAAGGAGACGAUUGAUACAACAACGACAAAGAAUAAAUAAAAUGACAACAAUGACGCAAACGACAACGAAGGGACAAAUUAGAACACAUGGGAAAGGACAAUGAAACAAAAAUGAAACACAGAGGUAAUGAACGACACGGAAAGAGAGAAAUAACAGAGGCGUUAAAGACUAGACUACCAGUGAGAGAAACAAAAGGAAAGGAGGAAAAGAGGGGGAAAAAAAAAUACACAUUGGACGUA